GGAGGCUCAGAGCAGCGAGUGCUCCCUCUCCCCUCACUCUCCCCUCUCUCGCCCCUUCACUUGCACUGCUGGGGAUCAAUGGCAUGGUGGGCGCUCCUCUCCCUCUCCCACCACUCUCCUCAUUAUCCCCCCAUCCCGCUGCUCGCCGCCUAUGAAUAGUCAAUAACAAACAAGCGGGAAGGAAAUGAGGCAGCAGAUGAAGGCGGCCCUGCCGAUUGAUGUGCGCGGUGUUUGUGGAGAGCCGCUUUAUUCAGGUGGACAGACUUCACUCCACUGGAGGAUUAUCCUUUGAUCGCUUUCACCUGCUUUUCACUCUUUUUCUCUGGAAAAAGGAUCUCUUUACUGUGGUUUAUGAUUCCUGGGUUUGGGCUUUUUUGAAACUUGAUCAAGAAGGACAUUUUAUUGACGGAGACAUUACUUUGCCUGCUUAAGUUAGGCUUGAGGUUAACCAAGCUCUUGUGCUUGGUGGAGUGUCUUGGGACAGUGUGAAGGACCUGGAUUCAGGAGGAGAGACGUGCUUGUCUAUUGUCCAAUCAAUCCGUAGCCAGUGCUUUGGAGAGAGCCGGACAUAGUGGAGCAGCUGGGAGGAUGUUCCUGUGGGCUGGAACCAAAGGAGCUCAGAGACCAAACGAAAGAAGAACCAUUUAUCAGAAGAUCAGGGAGUAUGACAUUCUGGACAAGAGGAAGACUGUGACUGCUCUAAAGGCUGGAGAGGACAGAGCCAUUCUCCUGGGUCUCAGCAUGAUCUUCUUUUCUGUCAUGAUGUACUUUGUCCUGGGCAUCACAAUGGUGCGCUCUUAUUCAGACAGUGUGUGGACGGAGGAGUCGAGUUGCACAGUGUUAAACUCUAGUAUAAUUGCGGAGAUUAACUGCAGCUACAGCUGUGGUGCAGAGUGUUGGAAAAGCUCCAGAUAUCCGUGCCUGCAGGUGUACGUCAGCCUGAACUCUUCCGGCCGUGUCCUGCGACUCUCCCACAAUGAGGAGGCCCAGGAGGCCAACCCCGAGUGCUUCUAUGUCCCUAAGUGCCGUAAGGAUCACGCGAUGAUGCACACCUUGGUGGUGAACAUCUCAGAGCGGCUGAAGACGCAGCACCAGGUCCCGUGCUACUAUGACCCAGCUGAGCAGCAGGACAGCGUGCUGUUGACCCGUCUUUAUGGCAGUAGCGCUAUAUUUUCCUCACUCCUGUGGCCCACAUGCACACUCGUGAUGGGCAUGCUCAUUGUCGCCAUGGUAAAGCUCACUCAGUACCUCUCCAUCCUUUGUGAACAGAUAAGCCGCAUUAAAAGGACUGGUCUUUCUCCACUUGCAGAUGCCUUGCCCUCCCUGGACAGUGCUAAGAAGGGCAACAGCAUGGUUUGAAAGGUUAACGGUCAAAGAUGGUGAUUCUCUGAAAUGAUUCUCUGCCAAUCUCAGUUUUCUACACCUUCAAAAGAAGAGCGAUCAUAUCAGGGCCGUGACGUAUGAUCUGCCUACCUAUUUACUUUGGUAACCGGUCCAAGGUGUAGUGACAAGGACAGGCUUUUGUCUGGGGUCUUCUCAAACAUUCUCAGAUGCUAGAAACUGGAAUUACCCAACACACACUGGAUGGAGUCCAUCUGCCUGCAACCUAAAGCCAUGUAUGCUGUGGAGUGUCGAAUGGAGCUACAAUAAGUUCCUGCCAAGAAACUGCCACUGGUUAGCAUAUCUCCUGAACAGUUGACUUUCAUAUAUUACACUUGGAGAAACUGGAGCCCACUGACAAUGUGAACAUGCUUCAGGACUUUCUGUGGAAAAAAGUACUGCAGCAUUUAAGGUCAAAUGUAGCAAACUGAGAAAUGACCCAAAGAACAAUUUCCAUUCUCAACUUAAAAAGCACAAAUCUGUAAUCGAGUGAUAAUGCUGUUGCAUGUAAUAAUGUGAAUGAUGCAGUUAAUUACAGCUCUUAUGCUCUGUUCACAUCUUAUCGAGCCACAUAUUGAUGGUUACAUGUCCAGUCAUUUCCACAAAGAUGGCAAAUUCCACUUAAAACUUGUGUUAUUUGUUAAAAAUCAAUAGCUUAUGCAUCAGUAAGUACAGUAAUGGAGUUGGCGCUUGCCUAAUGACUCUUUUAGGGUGUAAUUAUUUCUUUUAUAGGAAGAAUCUCAAGAAGCUGGCUCAAGAAGUCCUGAAAUAAAUUAUAACACAGAUGAAACUGUCAACUGGGUCAAGAACAUUUAUUAACAUGUUAUUAUUCUUUUAAACAUAGUGUUACAUUCAGCUCUAUUGCUGAGGUAUUAGAUAUGUUCUAUUUACUGCCACAAACAUGACAGUCAAAGUGAUCUAACGUUGAUUUGGGUUAAGUAAGUUAAGUUAAACUGUAAUGGUAAACUCUGAACAUGGUAAUAGAUGGGCUACAGUUUCUAACUGUACACCAGCAAGUAGCCAGUGAGUAUGGAUCAGUUUUUCAAGUGGAUGGUUUUUGUCCAGAAAUCUACUUUUCGUUAUCUGAUGGUGGGCACUGUAAUCUCUGAAGAACCCUUAGUGUGAUAAAUCAUAUCAAAGCCUGUGAUGAACACAGCAGAAAAAAAACUCACUCUCUUAGAACCUUCUACUGAUCUGUGGGCAGUCUAACAAGAAAUAACGACUUGUGGUGCAGUUCAAAGGUAAGGCCUCAGCAUGUGCAUAUGAUGUCGCAGGGUGAUUUCAGGAGCUGUUGAUUCAGUUGUCCUUGCAAGAUGGAUUUGCUAUGAAUGGUACCUGAGUCUUGUCUUGAAAGGGCACCUUUUAAAAGUGCAAUCAGCUGACUGGUUGUGAUGAAACGGCCAGAGUCGGAGACUAAUCAGAUGGCUGCUCUGCCCAUCCAUGCGACAUCCAUCCCAGCCUCCCUGACAGCUGCCUCACAUACCAACCCCUUUUAUGCUGAGAUGGAGUUUCAUAGACAUAAUUAUUUUUAAAACAAGAAAGAAAGCACAGCUGGAUGGUGCCAUAUUGUUUGAAGCUGAAGAGACCAUUUCCACAGAAUUUCAUAUUGACGGAAUAUAAAUGGGGCUGCUUUUUAAGACACAGGAUCAUUCACACUUGCCUAGCGGAGUGUUUGAGAGAAUCAUAUGUUGACUGUGUAAUUUUCUGUCUUGCUCUUUCUCUCUCCAUCGCUCUCUCUCUUUGAGUCCAUUUGCAAUGACACACUAUUAGUCCUCCUCUCCAGUUGAUGAGACCUGCAUUGUGAAGAGGUUUAUGGGGUCUGGGAAAUGAGGGAUUGCUCAUAAACCAUUGUGUGGUAACAAGUGACCAGAUGAAACAAUUUCACAUCGAAAGCAAGUGUGGCAAAUUAAGUGACUGGCAUUUGUUAAGUGAAACUUCGUCUACGCCGUUUACUGUGCAUGUUAGAAAAGCCUUAUUAGUCUGAUUAGAAUGCUUCAUUUAUCUGAGAAUCCAGGGAAUAUCCACCUUAUGGUUGUAUUUCAAGAUUAUGACUGAAACAUCCAGUCAGAGAAUGGAAAUGUCGUGCCAGUGUGCCAGAAUGUGCCAACUUUUUAUUGUUUUAUAUCUUAUUAAUGUCAUUCUGGGACAACAUCCAGUUUGUUUAAAGUGAAGCUGAAAGUACAGCAGUGCUACGAGCAUAAACCUCUCAAGAAAGAGAUGUGCUUAAAAGGGGAUUUAAAGGGGAUUCAUAAAGUUCUAGGCCUUUCCUGAAUGCUCUUUUUAUACCCAAGCAUGAAUGUAUCACCAGUUUAAGGUGUUUACUGAACAUUUCACAGUAUAUCUCAUCUUAAAUUGCCUCAUCCCUGUUUUUGGAACAUGUUGCAGUCAUCAGUCUCAAUCAACAAUGAAGCUGUUAAGGUCAGACAUUCAUUAUCUUGUCUUUGUACUGGUUUGUUCAAAUACGGGUCAAAGUACAUUUAUAAAUCAGUGUUUUUUUAUUUCCUUUUUAUCUGCUGUCCCAACAUGUUUGAAAUUUGCACCUGCCUGUUAUAGAGUUUAAAAUGACUUCAAUUUAAUUAAAGCUGACCUCAAAAUCUAA